UUAAGUAAUAUUUAAUAUCGUUUUUGGAAGACUGGCUUUCAACGCGUAUAUCGCUGAACCUGCAGCAAAAUGGGGUGCUUUGACAUUAUUAAAUACAUGGUGUAUAUCUUCAACGUCCUUUACUGGCUGGCAGGAACAGGUGUGCUAGCUGUGGGUCUGUGGUUGAGGUUUGAUCACAGGACUAGGAACCUGUUUGUGGCUGAAGACGCUCCAAGUGGAUUCUAUGUUGUUGUGUGUAUCCUCAUAGCAACAGGAGGGCUGAUGAUGUUGGUGGGGUUCCUUGGUUGUUGCGGAGCCAUACAGGAGUCCAUGUGCAUGCUGGGACUGUUCUUCUCCUUCCUCUUGCUUAUCUUCACUGUGGAAUUAGCAGUUGGCAUUUGGGGAUUUUCCGUUCAGAGCAAGGUUGUUGAUGAUGUAACUCAGUUCUACAAGCAAACGUACGACAAGUAUAAACAGGACAAGGAAGAAGCUUUAAAAGAAAUACUGCAUCUCAUUCAAUAUGGGCUGAACUGCUGUGGACCCUUCAGCACACCUGAAGACCUUGAGACUCCCGAAGAGACCUGCCCAAAACGAGAGGGAUUGGAUGUGCUUAUCACCAAGAGCUGCCCUGAUGCUAUAGAGAAAUUCUUCACCUCUAAACUGCAUAUUAUUGGAGCUGUUGCCAUUGGAGUUGGAGUGAUUAUGAUCCUGGGCAUGAUCUUUAGCAUGCUGCUAUGCUGUGCCAUCAGGAAGACCCAGGAGAUCGUGUGAGGGCUGGCUUACCUAGAAAGCUUUUAUGUCAGUGUUGCAUGAUCCAGCAUUCUUCCCAGUGUACUCACCAUAACCUCAACAGCUAUAUUGAGAUCAUGCAGUGCAGACACUGCCUUUGUCUGAUUGGUGCAAAUUCACUGUUUAGUAGUAUGGCAGGUUCAUAUUGUGAGUAAUGGGUCAGUAGAUUUUAUAGGUGUUUUAAAAUUCAGUGUAAAACAAAACUUGUAUAUACAACCCCAAAUCAGAAAAAGUUGGGACAGUAUGGAAAAUGCAUUUAAAGUGCAUUGUUUCUUACAUUUACUUUGACCUUUAUUUCAUUGCAGACAGUAUAAACCCAAGAUAUUUCAUGUUUUGUCUGGUCAAAGUCAUUCCUAUAUUUCAGGCCUGUAACACAUUCCAACAAAAGUUGGGAUGGGAGCAAUUUAGGGCUAGUACUGACAUGAAAAGGUGAUUUUAAACAGAUGAUUGUAAUCAAGAUUUGGAACAAAUGCAGUAUUCAUGAAGGCUGAGUUCUUAAAAAGCCCAGAUGAGCAGAGAAUCUCUUCUGCACUCCUUCUACAGUGCAUAAUAUCAUUAAACGAAUAAAGGAAUCUGGAGAAAUUUAGCCUUACCUAAACACUUUUUUGCAUUUUCCAUGCUGUUCCAACUUUUUCUAAUUUGGAGAUAUAUUUGUAAAUAUUCAUGACAGACCUAAAUGUGAUGUUUCUUUUGUGGUAUUUGCUGUCUUGUUUGUAUUGAUAUAAAGUAAUUUGAACUUUUAAAA